CUCGUAAGCUGUGAGCUCCCACCGUCGGGGUUCCCCAGAAGGCAUCCAGGGAAGGCAUUAGCCGGCUGUAGAGAAGAGAAUCACCGUCAUGAUGGCCGGCGGACAGCCUUCCACCUCACAGGCUUCAUCCAGCCAAGGUCCCAGAAGGGUCUCAUGGCAAAUGUUCCUCGCAGAGAACAUCAUGCUCAUCCUCCUGGGCUCCUUCGCGGCUCGUAAGCAACAGCAGGCCUCUAAAAUCUCGCACCAUAUGAUGUGUGCCUCUCUCUCUGCCCCCAUUGCAUAUGUGCAGUGACCGACUGGUUCUCCUUCUGGGAGAUGAUUAUCGACGAGCCGUCCCAGUACACAAUCCCCCUCCUGUGCAAGCGGCUCCUUCUCGCCUCUGCCUCUGUCUCUACGGCUCUGCUCGUCCUCAAAUGGUGCCUGGAGUACGCCCAAAUGAAUGCCACACUGGUACGCAGGAGAAGCCUUUGUGUGAGCAGUUUGCUGGCGACUUUGGUGCCUUGCGGCCGCUCAGGUGCAGCGCAAAAAGCCACCCUUGGGCGACAUGGAGUUAGGCGAAUACUCCCAUCUCAUCGACUCGGGCGUGGACUCGCAGGCAGCGACCCCGCGAGGGCCGUCUCCCACGGCACCCAUCAUCGCUUGCUUCUACCGGCCCGACCCUCCUCGGUGGCUCGUCAGGAUGAUCACGGUGCUGAGCGGCAUCUCCGUCCUCAACGACAGCAUCGACUUCAUCAACAUCGUGAUCAUUCUUUGCGCCAUCGGCAACCCCCGAAGCCAUGCGAUGGGGAUACUCAUCAGCAAUCUCUCCUUGAAUCUGCUGAACGCUAUCGCCUCAGCCUACAAGGCAAUGGGAUUCGAAGCCUCCCGAGAGCGCAUGAAACAAAUGGCGGAAAUAAUAGCGCGAAGACCCCAGAGAGGCGAUUGGAUCCCGGCAGGGUGUUGGCUCACUGUGUUUUGCGCCUUGGGGGUGAUCGGCUCUCUUUGUGCAUACUGGGGGUGGAGCUGGAUUGGGGAUUACCUAUGGUGGCCUUCCAUCCUGCUGAUUCUGAUUUUUGUUAUGGAGCCAUUUCUUCGUAGCAUCCUCCGAUCCUGCAAGGCUAGCUUGCCCCGCUUCGCCACCCCGACAGAGCGCUUGCGAGAAGAGCUUCUUCUCUUCGACUACAGCCGAUUGGGUCUUUUGCAUGUGCUGAUCGCGGAGCUUGUCUGUACAACCAGCACGUGGAUUACCUUCUUCACAAUUGCGGUGUUCAACGAGAGAGUUCCGACAUGGCUUUGGCGCCUCUACUUUCUCAUCCCCGCCACAGAAACCCUCAUCCUUUACCCUUCUCUAAUCGCAACACUCGAGCAGAAAAUUGACGCCAGAGCCCAUCGCCAUUCGACCAAAGAACGUCUUUUUCAAACACUCCACGAAGCCCUUCUCUCCCUUAUAUGCAAUGUCCUCUUCCUCUGUUAUCCCACUUACCAGCUGCAGCUGCUCCUCAUUGCCAACAUCAUUCUGACGGUGGCAGUCGUCAGUUGUGAGCGUACUAGAAGAGACAUAGGCCUCCGACACGCCGGGCUCGUCUACUGGAUCGAUCAAGCCCGACACGGAGACGCUGCGGUAAUGGCUGUAAAGAUGCUUCUCGACGGUGGCGCAGAUCCAAAUAUGGCAAAUGGAGAGCCACUCCAUCACGCAGUGAUGGCCGAGACAGAGACCGACAUCCCCUUGGUGCGGGAUGCUGAAGAUGCAGCUUCUACUUGAAUAUUCAACACUGUGGAGCUGCUGUUGGAAGCCGGAGCAGACCCCAAUCUUGGCAGACGGCAGCUGUUUGGCGGCCUAGUCGUGGCGCCUUUGGACGAAGUGGUGAGUGGGGGGAUAAGCAUAAAGAGAUGAAUGCCAUAUAGAUUCACACACGGCCUGACUGAGUGCCAUGUGUGUGCAGGUAAUACAGUCGGAGCUGAAGGACGUCGCCGCCCUCCUCAAAGCCAAUGGGGCUCAGCAUUCGGACCACUACUAUAAAUACGGCGGGCACAUCAAUCAGGCACGCUACGCUGCCCUUUUGAUCCGAUUCAAGGCACUGAUUCGCAAGAAGAAUGUUUGGCGACGAGAAUCCGUACAAGAAGACUUAGAUGAUUGAAAUGUAGAUCACUCAAGUGGGUAUGAUGCCUAUGUUUUUUUUUGCAGUGGAAGGAAGAACCAGAGCGACGCGAGGAAAUCGAAAAAGAGCUAGGGGAUGAAGAGAAAGCACUCGAAGCCGACUUGAAGACCCUCGCUGAGGCAGUGCGUGCAGAAACAGCCGAUGGACGUGUCUUCGCAUCGUCAAUUUCAUCCAGCCAAGGGCCCAGACGACUAUCUCUGCAGGUCUUCCUGCAAGAGAACGUCAUGCUCAUCCUCCUGGGGGCCUUCGCGGCACGUAAGCAACAGCAGACCUCUUACUAUCUCUCACGCCAUCAUGAGGUUUCUCUCUUCCCCAUUGCACAUCUGCAGUGACCGACUGGUUCUCCUUCUGGGAGAUGAUUAUCGACGAGCCGUCCCAAUACACCAUUCCCCUCCUGUGCAAGCGGCUCCUUCUCGCAUCUGCCUCUGUCUCUACGGCUCUGCUCGUCCUCAAAUGGUGCCUGGAGUACGUCCAAAUGAAUGCCACACUGGUACGUAGGGGAGACGUCUUCGUGUAAGCAAUUUGCUGACGUCUUUGGUGCCUUGCGGUCGCUCAGGUGCAGCGCAAAAAGGGAACCUCGGCCGACAUCGAAUUAGGCGAAUACUCCCGUCUCAUCGACCCGGCCGUGGACUCUCAGGCAGCGACCCCGCGAGGGCCGUCUCCCCCGGCACCCACCAUCGCUCGCUUCCACCGGCCCGACCCUCCUCGGUGGCUCGUCAGGGUGAUCACGGUGCUGAGCGGCAUCUCUGUCCUCAACGACAGCAUCGACUUCACCAACGUCGUUAUCAUUCUUUGCGCCAUCGGCAACCCUCGAAGCCAUGCGACUGGAAUACUCAUCAGCAAUCUCUCCUUGAAUCUGCUGAAUGCUAUCGCCUCAGCCUACAAGGGAAUGGGCUUUGAAGCCUCGCGAGAGCGCAUGCACCAGCUGGCGCGAAUGGUAUCCGGAGGCCCGAGAGAGAACAAGGGGCUGUUCGAUUGCUGUUCGAUUUUCUUCGAUUUCUGCCUCAUAUGGGGGACUUAAUUUGCCUCUGUGGGGUGAUCGGCGUGCUUUGCGCUCGAUCUGAGGUAAUCAGGGCCCUUCUUGCUGAUUCGUGCCACGGUUGGAUAAGUUAGACUGGGCCUUUUUUUUGGUGGCUUGCCUUGGCUACGAUGCUGAUGAUGCUAAUGGCGGAACUCUUUGUUGGCAUCGUGACGCAUUGCUUGAUCCCAAAGGAGCUUCUUUCAGAUAUUCUUCUCUCCGACUACAGCCGAUUGGGGCUUUUGCAUGUGCUGAUCGCGGAGCUUGUCUACCCAAUCAGCACCUGGAUUGCCUUCUUUACCACUGCUGUCUUCAGCGAGAGAGUCCCAACAUGGCUUUGGCACCUCUACUUUCUCUGCCCCGCUACAGAAAGCCUCAUCCUUUAUCCUUCUCUAAUCGCAAAACUCGAGGAGAAAAUUGACGCCAGAACUCAUCGCCGUUCGACCAAAGGACGUCUCUACACCAGUGAAAGCUUUUUUUUGGCCUGAUAUGCAAUGGCCUCUUCCUCUGCU